AUGAGCUUCGUAAGGGCGUUUUCGUUCCUCACGGUCGUGAGCGUCGUCACGUAUGCCAUUCUCUCAGUGGCCACGUCACUGAGUGGCGGACCCCCCGCUGUGCAGACCGGGAACGAAACCCACCCGAUUCCGUCGUUUGGACUGGGGACUUGGUUGGCUAACAAGGGAGAUGUCGCGCAUGCGGUGGAAUAUGCCUUGAAGGCGGGUUAUCGUCACCUCGACGCUGCCGCUAUCUACCGAAAUGAGGAGGAGGUUGGGCAGGGCAUCAGGGCAUCCGGCGUGUCGCGCGAUAAGAUUUGGGUCACGAGUAAGCUUUGGAACACGGAUCAUCGACCUGAUCUCGUGCGCAAAGCCAUUGAAAAGUCUAUCGCCAAUCUGGGCGUCGAGUACCUGGAUCUGUACCUCAUUCACUGGCCCGUCGCUUGGGUUCCCGAUACCAAGGACCUCGACAAUGACAUCUCCAUCGUGGAUACCUGGAAGGCUAUGGAGGAGCUCGUCCGCGAUGGAUUAACGCGCAACAUUGGCAUUUCCAACUUUGCGCCAAAGGACAUCAAGGCCAUUCUCAAAAUCGCCACCAUCCGCCCUUACGCGCACGAAUUCGAAACGCAUCCCUAUCUACAACAACAAUCCUUUGUGGAUUUUCACACCAGCGAAAACAUCAAGGUCAUCGCAUACUCACCACUCGCCAACACAAAUCCAACUUACAACCCCGAUAUCCCGAGCAUUCUUCACGAUGAGUUCUGGACAAAGCUCGCAGGCAGCAAGAACGCGACAGUGGCACAGACGGUGUUGGCGUGGGGGCAGCAGCGGGGUACUGUUGUUAUUCCCAAGAGUACGCAUGAGAAGUACAUUGAUGAGAACUUUGGAUCGCAGGAUAUUACAUUCACUGAGGGGGAGUUGAAGGAGGUGGCGAAGAAGGAUAAGAGAUAUAGAUUUUUGAAUCCUGGGAAGGAUUGGGGCGUUGAUCUAUUUGAGGGUCUUGAUGGAGGGUCGAAGAAGGAGGAGGAGGAUGAUAGAAAUGAGGACUUGUAA